AAAGGAAAACCCAUGACCUAAUAUUAUCUCAGGACUUUUCCUCUCUCUCUCUCUCUCUCUCUCUCCUUCCCCCUCAUAGAUUCUCUAUUCUAGUAUUCAACUUGGAUAGAGAUGCUUGCAUCCAUCUUUAUCUCCCUCUAGCUAGCUCCUUCAAUAUUAUCACAACUUCACAAAUUUCUUAUUCUCCCCUUCUCCUCUAAUUGAUUAAAUUCCCCCUUUAAGAGAUCUCUAGCCCUAUCAUCCAUGAACAGUGCAAUGGAGCAAACGAGGUAUUGGAUGUGGGCGAGAAAGAAAUUAAACAACAACAACACUACAAGGCCUCCUCCUCCUCUCUUCAAUUCUCCAUUAAUCUCUUCAAGCUCCUCCUACCAUGAAUCAUGGGAGGAGCAGGCCUUUGCUGAGGACUCUGCUGGUCUCUUAGGAGGCUGCAUAUGGCCUCCGAGAUCCUAUUCAUGUAGCUUCUGCCGGAGAGAGUUCCGGUCAGCCCAAGCCCUGGGCGGCCACAUGAACGUUCACCGAAGGGAUCGGGCUAGGCUGAAACAAUCCUCAAGUCCAAUUGAUGAAGAUCAAGUUGGCUCCAUGGAGUACUAUACCCCUAACCCUAACCCUAGUCCCAGCCCAAACCCUAACCCUAAUUCUGGUGCUAUUGGGUCGUCACUUCCCUCUUUUGUAAAUCCGAUGCCCCUUCGUCUGCCAAGCGCCUUGGAGUUGAGGCUUGAGUUAGGGAGUUUUAAGGUGAGGGAGGUUGGGAGCAAGGGGAAGAGAGAUCGGGACGAGGAUGAUGAGAUUGAUGCGUAUAGUAACAAGAGGCAGAGGAGUGAUCAACAACUUGGCUUUCCUUCCAUCGUCAAGCCAUCUUCGGGAGAUUUUCAAUUCGUCAGCCGAUCAACUGAGGUACUUAAACUUAGCCCUAGCCCUGUUGAAGAGAUAGAUCUUGAGCUUAGGCUUGGAGAUCCACCUAAGGUGAAGUAGAUCAAUUAUCAUGUGUUUUGUGUUUGAAUUUGUAUGUGUAUGCACUUGUAUUUUCCUUUGCAUUUCUUUUUUCCCCCCUUCCAAUAUUUCAUCUUGUUGAGAAAAGGCCAACCAUCUUUCUCAAACAUGAAAUAGGCUGCCUGAAUUGUUAUAAAGAAACUCUCUUUGAAUGAUGAUUGUAAUGAAAGCUCUUUUGAUUUUCUAUUA